AUGGCGGCCCUCUCAGGCGUCAACGGCUCCAGCCCCGCCCCACGGGGCCUCUUGCGGCGCGGCAGGGCGGCUUGGGCGGCGGCUGACGCGUCCCUGGUGGUCAUCUUUGCAGUUGCAUUCCUGUCGUCCCUCAGCGGCUUCAUGUGGGGCUCUGCCCUCGGCCUCCACUCGCAGCUGCACGCCCCGGCAGUCGACGAGCUCGGCCUGCGGCACAAGGACACCAGCAUCACUGAGGCCCUCGAAGACCGGGCGCUGCGGCAGGCGGCGCUGCGGGAGGCCCAGGAGGGCCUCGGCCCGGAGGACCCCUGCCACACUGAGGAACACGCCGAAUUCGGCGGCGAUUUCGUCGUCAAGUGGGGCGAGGGGCACCUGAAGGACACCGCCGCAGAGUGCUGCGCCGCGUGCUCGAACUACAUGAAGUGCAACGUCUGGGUGUGGUGCGCCGACCCCGGCGGCUGCGAGGACGGGCGUAAGCACAAGGAGUGCUGGCUGAAGCAGCAGAAGAGCUUCAAUCCGGCGCACAUCACCGGUAUCCGGGGGCCAAGCGUGAAGUGGACCAGCGGCGCGCGAUUCACGAAUGAGGAGGCGCUGCGCCAGGUGGCCGCCGAUUAUGAGCGCCGGCUGAGGUUGCGGGCCAACGCCAGCCUGCCCCUGGUAUACCUGGAUGUGGGAAUCAAGGGCAAAUACGUUGGCAGGAUCGAGAUUGUCCUCUUCACCCACAUAUCGCCGCGGGCCGCCGAGAACUACCGGCAGCUCUGCACGGGGGAGCACGGCAUUGCAAAACCUGGCCACGAGGGUGCUGGGCGUCCCUACCAUUUCAAGGGCCGGCCCUUCUAUCGCAUAAUUGACGGGUUCAUAGACCAGAGUGGUGUUGACGUGGACUCUGUGUUUGGAGGUGAAUUUAAGGACGACGCGGCCGGCCUGAGGCUGAAGCACGACAGAAUAGGCCUGUUGUCAAUGGCCAACGCGGGGCCCAACACCAACACGGCCCACUUCUCAAUCAUGCUGGGACCUGCCAGCCACUUGGACGGGUCCUACACCAUCUUUGGAGAAGUGGUGACCGGCCUGAAGGUGGUCAAGGCGGUCAACGCGCUGGCCAAGGGCAAGCCCGACAACACCGCCAACGCCGACGACGGCGCGUUCAUCAUAGACAGCGGCCAGCUGCGGCGGGGCGCGCCUGUCACACAGGAGAUGCUGGCUGCAUGA